AUGGAAAACGAAAGGGAGAGGCAAGAGUAUGUGUUGAAUGACACCGGCAAGAUUUACGUGGGAUCAUUCAAACAAGCCAGGGGACGGCGAUGGGUCUUUGCGCAGUUCGACGAUACCGUGCUGCCCGCCUCGAUCAUGGCCCUGGAGCUCGCCAAAAUGUCCUCCGCCGAUAGAUCCAGCCCCAUCAAAGUCGCCAGGGCCAUUUCCGCAAUUGUGAACCAGAAUAACGAGAACGGGAUCGUGCAUGGGCGUUGGGACGGAAGUUACGCAGACGGAACCGCGCCUUACGACUGGACAGGAAGUGCUUCCAUCCUGGAGAAAUACUUGGAAUCCGGUGGGAAACCCAUCAAGUAUGGGCAGUGCUGGGUCUUCGCAGGUGUCGCAGCCACAAUUUGCAGAGCUUUAGGAAUCCCGUGUCGACCAGUGUCGAAUUUCGUGUCAGCCCACGACACUGACGCGACAUUGACAGUGGACAAGUAUUUCGACGUUCAUGGAGAAGAAAUUCAAGGGGGGCCUUCGGGAGACUCUUUCGACUCCAUUUGGAAUUUCCACGUGUGGAAUGAAGUGUGGAUGACCCGACCUGACCUGCCCCAGGGCUACGGGGGUUGGCAAGUCAUCGAUUCCACUCCUCAAGAACAAUCUGAUAGCAUUUAUCAACUGGGUCCGACGUCAGUUUUGGCUGUGAAACGUGGUGAAGUCGGGUUGCUUUACGACACCCCUUUCGUGUUUAGCGAAGUGAACGCCGAUGUGAUGCACUGGCUGCAAGACCUGAAAUCUGACUGGGGAUUCUCUCUGCACAAACAAUCCACUGAUCAUGUUGGCAGAAAGCUAUUGACGAAAAAUCCGUAUAGAGAUGACGACUUUGGCGACUCAGAUGCUUUGGACAUCACCCUGGACUACAAAGAUAGCGAAGGUUCGAAUGAAGAAAGGAUGUCAGUGAUGAACGCCGUGCGAGGAGUGGAAGGAGCGCGUCGAUUUUACAACGCCCGCGAUGUUGUGGAGGAUGUGACUUUCGAGCUGGCAGACAUUGAAAAAAUCGGCGUGGGGAAGCCAUUCAGAAUCACUGUUACCAUUGUUAACAAGAGUAACGAAAUCAGGACAAUCAAGUCGACCAUUUCAGCUGCUUCCGUUUAUUACACCGGUGUGAAGGCAAAGUUGAUCAAGAAAAGCGGCGGAAAAUUCGCAGUUCGACCGAGAUACAGGGAAACUUUGAGCGUUGAUGUAACAGAAGAAGACUACUUGGAUCGUCUGGUUGACUACGGAAACAUCAAAAUUUACGCCCUUGCCACAGUGGAAGAAACCAAACAAACAUGGAGUGCCGAGGAUGAUUUCAUCAUUGAAAAACCCAUAUUGAACAUCCAGAUCAGAGAUGCUGUUGUGGAAGUGGGGAAGCCGUUAACCGUGGCUUUCUCCUUCAAAAAUCCUCUGAACGCGACAUUGACUGACUGCAGAUUCAUGUUCGAAGGCCCUGGGUUGCAGCGACCUCGUCGAGUCUCAAUCAAAGACAUCACGCCCAGAGAAAAUGUGGUGCACACUGAGAAGUUCACUCCGAAGCGGGAAGGGAAAAGGAAAAUCGUGGCGACGUUUGCUUCCAAGCAGUUGAUAGACAUUACGGGAUCAACAUCCGUCAUGGUUAAGCCGCACUGUGCUUGGGUCGUGUUUCGAAGGAGUCGACUUAAGCUCGGCAGGGCAUCCAUCAUGGGCAAGAAUCUUUGUUUGGCUUACUUUUUAUACCUAAUCGGAGGCUUCUGUGGACUCCAUCAACUCUACCUCAACCGGUCCUUCCACGCACUUGCGAUAUUCACCACAUGUGGUGCUUUCUUCGGUCUCGGAAUCAUCCGUGAUUUCUUCUGGAUCCCGACGUAUGUUAGAAGUGCGAAUAAUGACGGAGCUUUCAUAGAAGAUCUCGCGGAUAGAAUGCGUCGACAUCCGAAGCCGCCGUUUUCUUGGUCACGGUACGGCGGGCAACUCCUGGUUGGCAUGAUCUGGGGCUCUUGGUUUGUUGCAGCUAUUCCGGAAAAUGACAUCAUUAAAGGGACAUUGAAUAUUCGCGGACUCCGUACAUUGAUGCCUGCUGUAUGUGCUCUGGGCACAUGGCUAGUUGGAAACAUCGGGCACGAGAGAGGAAACUUCAAAGCUCCACUUUUGGCUGGUUAUCUGGCCUACUUUGUGUACGGAUUGAACGAUAGGUCGAUCACUUCUUGUACUCUUGCUUCUGCGAGUGCUUUCAACAAGUGGAGUAGAGAAUGGCGUCGAACUCCCAGUCCUCGUCGAUCACUUGUCAGGAGGCUGUUCUCGGUAGUUGCCUUGGUUCUCCUAUUUUACGCCGUUGUCUUCUCCUACUUGUACUUCAAUUGUUCUGUGAAAGACAACUCCGGAGUGGAGACAAGAUGCAAAGACGCUUUUAUAAACUUCCUCAAUUCGCCGGCAUGGAAAGAUUUCAAGGUACAACUUGGCCACUUGUGGACCUACGGACGCGAACAUGGGUGGAGUCGCAUCUGGAAAGAAAUUAUCAACUCAAUAGAUCCACUUGGCGAACAAAACGCCUUGGAGAUUCUUGGGUUGGACUCAUCUGCCACCCAAGAAGACAUUACGUCUGCGUACCGAAAGCUUUCCAGGCAGUGGCAUCCAGACCGGUUCAAGGAAGAAUUUAAAAAGAUUGAUGCCCAAGAAAAAUUCAUUGAAAUUCAGCAAGCGUACGAAAAAUUGUCUGAUAUUAAGGCUAAGCGACGGCGCCAGAAUCGGAAAUCGCAGACGGAAUCUGAUUCUGAAUCCCAACCGGAGUUCAACGUGCAUGAAGAUCUUUUUUAUUUAUUGAGGUUUGAGUACGUGUUAUCGCGAUUGUGCGUGAGUUCGGGUGCUAGCGAAUCAGUGUUUUCUAUGGAAUUCCGCGCAAGUGCUGAGUUACUUUUGCGGAAUGCGAUUGCCAGUGAUAGUCGUCCGGCUUCACCUGCGAGAAAACGGAAGACGGAAAAGAAAUGGAUGAACAAGGUUGCGGAAUGUGGACAAGCGUAUCGUCCAACGGAAGUAGAACACGUGGCGAAUAUAAUUUCGCAUGCGAUUUGGAUCUUUCCGAGUACCCAUUUACUUCUGAGUAUGCUUGACAUGUCGGUGAAUGUUCGACAAUCUGUUGCGGCUUGGACAUUUGGUUCGGCUUUGAUUUUGCUGUUCUUGGUUUCUACUUUGUUCCACGUCGUUUCAUGGAUCGGUAACAUGCCGCUGUUGAAGGAGUUCUUCCAUCGUGGAGACCGAGCGAUGAUUUACAUUUUCAUCGCUGCAUCUUACUUCCCGUGGUUGACGUUGCUUCCGCUUCCGGCUGGCACGUUUACAGAGACGCUUCCGAUGACAAUUUGGGUGCUUGCAUCUUUGGGCAUACUCUAUCAGCAAAUCUUCCAUGAGCAAUACAAGUGGCUCGAGAUGCUUAUUUAUAUGUGUGUUGCCGGAAUCCCUGGAAUUACGAUAGCUCUUGAAAUCGACGAAUUGCAUGGACUGGACGAGCUUGGCAUAGGAGGGUUGUUUUAUAUCAUUGGGAUGGUGUUCUUCAAGUCGGACGGACGCAUACCGUUCGCACACGCAAUCUGGCACCUGCACGUCAUUUGCGGGUCGAGUUUACAUUAUUCUGCCAUAUGCCGGUACCUCCUGGGCGGGUCGGUGAUCGGGUUGGUGGUGAACGCAAUAAAAGGAAUCAAGUCGGACAUGUCUCGUUGGCGAUGGAUCUUUUGUGAUGAGCGACUGGUGAAUGAAGAUAGUCCCGACUCCACUUACGGUGCUUACAAAGCUCAGCUUGGGUCGUCUGAUGUUCUGGAAAAUUUCAUCCUCCCCAGAUUCGCUGAUCCUGAUGCGGAAUUAGUGGCUGAUGAUUACGAGACGAAGUUGAAGCGAUUGUUUCCUGCGGGCUCGGAUUGGCCGUCGUUCGAUCUUUUGAUUCUUGGUGUCGGGGAAGACGGCCACACGGCGUCUCUCUUCCCGGGACACGAACUGCUUUCUGAGGAUCACCGAUGGGUAGCCCCCAUCACCGAUUCUCCGAAGCCGCCGCCGAAUCGCGUCACUUUAACGUUGCCUGCGAUCAAUCAUGCGAAGCAGUGCGUUUUCGCAGCGUUCGGCGCCGGGAAAGCGGACAUUUUGAAGAGAAUUCUCGUGGACGGUGAGGAGUUGCCGGCGUUUCUGGUGAAUCCUCCGGAUGGAAAAGUUGUUUGGAUUCUAGAUGAAGCAGCAGGUGUUAAUCUCCCGAAGGAACAUGCGUGAUCAUCUCGUUGUUUCAAAUUAUUUGAACGGCUUCUUACAAUCAAAUGUUGCACAAAAUUACGUUUAUGUCAUUCAAUAGCUUUUCAGUGUCGGGCGUCGAGGAGAAAAACAUUUCUAUGUCUUGCAAGAAUUGUGCUGUGAAAAUCUGGAUAAUAGGAUUUAUGUUUCUCUGUUUUGGGUGCAUUAUUCAUAGCACGGAUUUCAAAG